AUGGUUAAUGGAGAGAAAAUACCAGAGACACCUGGAUUAGUAAUGUUCACGGCUCCGUAUAAACUGUGUGAUGGCGGGUGCAAGGGAAAUGCCGGCGGUAACAUCGGUUUCCAGUUCCCUCUAUUCAUUGGAAGAAAAGGAAGAGACGCUUACAAACGUAUUUUCGGAGAGAAUAAAGGUCCAUUUAAAAAAAAGACUUCUAGGCCUGCUAGAACCACUCAGACUGCAUGUAUUACUUUGAAUGUAGUUGAUACUACUACAACUACGACUACUACGACUACCACUACGACUACUACUACUACAACUGAAGCGCCUACCACUACUACUACUACUACUACAACUGAAGCUCCUACUACUACAACAACUACUACUACUACAACUGAAGCACCUACCACUACAACUACUACUACUACAGAAGCUCCUACCACAACAACAACUACUACUACUACUACAACUGAAGCACCUACUACUACAACUACUACUACUACUACAGAAGCUCCUACCACUACAACCACCACUGAAGCGCCUACUACAACUACUACUACUACGACGACCGUUCCCAUUGUACGUUGCCCUUAUUACCCACCCGAUGUUUGUUUGAAACGUUUAAAGAAAAGGCAAGGUGCACUCCCUCCUCCCACUAUUUCUGAAGAAUCUAUCACUGUUACUGAAGAAUCUAUCGCCAUUACUGAUAAAUCUUCCACUACGAGCACAAAACCCACUAUUGCAGAUUGCAUAGACGAUCCUCCUGGCAGUUGCAUGCUCCUGGAAAUGCGUGCGAAACACGAAGUGACAAACCGGACAACACGACCUCUAUUCUAUGAAGAAAAGAACAUCAAAGAUAGUGUAGAAUAUUACCAGUAUUACCAUGAGUAUUCUGGUCCCGACGCGUAUGUACUUAGAAAAGAAAAAAAUACAAAACAUAAUGAUAGUAUUAACUUCGAUAAAGAUUUCGAUGACAAAUAUUACCCAAAGAUCUCAGAAGAUCGUUUCGUUAAAAAAGACUUUGAUGACAAAAAUAUUGAUGACAAAUACUUUGAUGACGAAAACUUUGAUGACGAAAACUUUGAUGACCAAAACUUUGAUGACCAGAACUUUGAUGACAAAAACUUCGAUGACAAACACUUUGAUGACAAAACCUUUGAUAAUAAUUUCUUUUAUACAAAAAAAUGUGUUGUUGAAUUCAAAAUCAACAAAGAUAUGGCUGACUUCCUGAGUAUGCGAGGAGUUAUAAAAGACGAGAACUUGAAAGAGUUUCGAGAAGAUUUGACAAAAUUAGAGCAAUCUGAGGGGACCACAAAAGAUAUAUUAUCAAGGGUUAGGGGUGGCAGGAGUAGACGGAGUAACACUGAAGGCAACUGUUGCUGUCCUCCACGAAACGUAUACAUGCCAACAUUUAUUACAGAUAAGAAAUUCGAGGAAUUAGAGAGCAAACUCAAACAACAACAAUAA